AUGGGGCAGCAGCCUGGAAAAGUUCUUGGGGACCAGAGGAGGCCGAGCUUGCCUGCCCUGCACUUCAUCAAGGUAGCGGGCAAGAAGGAGUCCUCCCGGCACGGCGGGCCGCCCUGCAACGUGUUCGUGGAACAUGAAGCCCUCCAAAGGCCAGUAGCAUCUGACUUCGAGCCCCAAGGUCUGAGCGAAGCAGCUCGUUGGAACUCCAAGGAAAACCUUCUCGCUGGUCCCAGUGAAAAUGACCCCAACCUCUUUGUUGCACUGUAUGAUUUUGUGGCCAGUGGGGACAACACUCUCAGUAUCACUAAAGGUGAAAAGCUCCGGGUUUUAGGCUACAAUCACAAUGGGGAAUGGUGUGAAGCCCAAACCAAAAAUGGCCAAGGGUGGGUCCCAAGCAACUACAUCACACCCGUCAACAGCCUGGAGAAACAUUCCUGGUACCACGGGCCGGUGUCCCGCAACGCUGCCGAGUACCUGCUGAGCAGCGGCAUCAACGGCAGCUUCCUGGUGCGGGAGAGCGAGAGCAGCCCCGGGCAGAGGUCCAUCUCGCUGCGAUACGAAGGCAGGGUGUACCACUACAGGAUCAACACAGCCUCCGAUGGCAAGCUCUACGUCUCCUCUGAGAGCCGCUUCAACACUUUGGCCGAGUUGGUCCAUCAUCACUCCACGGUGGCAGACGGGCUCAUCACCACUCUCCACUACCCGGCCCCCAAGCGCAACAAGCCCACCGUCUACGGCGUGUCCCCCAACUACGACAAGUGGGAGAUGGAGCGCACCGACAUCACCAUGAAGCACAAGCUGGGCGGCGGCCAGUACGGGGAGGUGUACGAAGGCGUGUGGAAGAAGUACAGCCUCACGGUGGCCGUGAAGACCCUGAAGGAGGACACCAUGGAGGUGGAGGAGUUCUUGAAAGAAGCCGCCGUGAUGAAAGAGAUCAAGCACCCCAACCUGGUCCAGUUACUUGGGGUCUGCACCCGGGAGCCCCCGUUCUACAUAAUCACUGAGUUCAUGACCUAUGGGAACCUGCUGGAUUACCUGAGAGAGUGUAACCGGCAGGAGGUGAACGCUGUGGUGCUGCUGUACAUGGCCACUCAGAUCUCCUCAGCCAUGGAGUACCUGGAGAAGAAGAACUUCAUCCACAGAGACCUUGCUGCCCGAAACUGCCUGGUAGGGGAAAACCACUUGGUGAAGGUGGCUGAUUUCGGCCUGAGCAGGCUGAUGACCGGGGACACGUACACAGCCCACGCCGGGGCCAAAUUCCCCAUCAAGUGGACCGCGCCCGAGAGCCUGGCCUACAACAAGUUCUCCAUCAAGUCCGAUGUCUGGGCAUUUGGAGUUCUGCUGUGGGAGAUCGCUACCUACGGCAUGUCGCCCUACCCGGGCAUUGACCUGUCCCAGGUGUACGAGCUGCUGGAGAAAGACUACCGCAUGGAGCGCCCGGAGGGCUGCCCCGAGAAGGUCUACGAACUCAUGCGAGCAUGUUGGCAGUGGAAUCCCUCUGACCGGCCCUCCUUUGCUGAAAUCCACCAAGCCUUUGAGACCAUGUUUCAGGAGUCCAGCAUAUCCGAUGAAGUGGAAAAGGAACUGGGGAAAAAAGGCAUGCGAGGGGUUGCAGGUACUCUGCUGCAGGCCCCAGAGCUGCCCACCAAGACAAGGACCUCCAGGAGAGCCACGGAGCACAAAGACUUCACCGACCUGCCUGAGACGCCCCACUCCAAGGGCCCGGGAGAGCCUGACCCCCUGGACCACGAGCCCGCUGUGUCUCCAUUGCUCCCUCGGAAAGGACGAGGCCCCCAGGACGGCUGCCUGAAUGAGGAUGAGCGCCUUCUCCCCAAAGACAAGAAGACCAACCUGUUCAGCGCCCUGAUCAAGAAGAAGAAGAAGACGGCGCCCACCCCUCCCAAGCGCAGCAGCUCCUUCCGGGAGAUGGACGGCCAGCCAGAGCGCAGGGGGGCCGGGGAGGAGGAGGGCCGCGAAGUCAGCAACGGGGCGCCUGCCCUCACCCCCUCAGACGCAGCCGAGCCCGCCAAGUCCCCGAAGCCCAGCAGCGGGGCCAGCGUCCCCAACGGAGCCUUCCGGGAGCCGGGAGGCUUCCGGUCUCCCCACGUGUGGAAGGCCAGCACGCUGACCAGCAGCCGGUUAGCAGCCAGCGAAGAGGAGAGCGGCAGCAGCGCCAGCAAGCGCUUCCUGAGGUCCUGCUCUGCCUCCUGCGUGCCCCACGGGGCCAAGGACACAGAGUGGAGGUCAGUCACGCUGCCCCGGGACCUGCAGUCUACGGGGAGACAGUUUGACUCGUCCACGUUCGGAGGGCACAAAAGCGAGAAGCCAGCUCUGCCUCGGAAGCGGGCGAGUGAGACCAGGUCUGACCAGGUGAGCAGAGGCACGGUGACGCCCCCGCCAAGGCUGGUGAAGAAGAUGGAGGAGCUGGCCGAUGAGGUUUUCAAAGACACGGCGGAGUCCAGCCCGGGCUCCAGCCCUCCCAGUCUGACUCCAAAGCUGCUCCGCAGGCAGGUGGCAGUGGCUCCUUCCUCUGGUUUGGCCCACAAGGAAGAGGCCGGGAAGUCCGGCGCCUCAGGAACAUCUGCCUCCGCCGAGCCAGCGCCCGCCGCCAGCAGAGCGGGACCAGGAGCAUCGGGAGGGACCAGCAGGGCCCCCGCUGAGGAAUCUCGGAUGAGGAGGCACAAGCCCUCCUCCGAGUCCCCGGGGAGAGACAAAGGGAGGCUGUCCAAGCUCAAGCCUGCCCCGCCGCCCCCACUGCCAGCUUCUGCUGGGAAAGCCGGGAGGCCCGCUCCGAGCCCGAGCCAGGAAGCAGCCGGGGAGGCAGGCGCCAGCGGGAAAGCGAAACCCACGGCUGUGGUUGUGGAUGCCGUAAACAGUGACGCUGCCAAAGCCAGCCAGCUGGGAGAGGGCGUCAAGAAGCCCGUGCUCCUGUCCAUGCCAAAGCCUCAGGCCUCCGCCAAGCCGGCGGGGACCCCGACCAGCCCGGGCCCCACUCCCUCCUCUUUGCCGGCAGCGUCCUCCGCCCUGGCAGGGGACCAGCUGUCCUCCACCGCCUUCAUCCCGCUCAUAUCGACCCGCGUGUCUCUUCGGAAAACCCGCCAGCCUCCCGAGCGCAUCGCCAGCGGCACCAUCACCAAGGGCGUGGUCCUGGACAGCACCGAGGCCCUGUGCCGUGCCAUCUCCAAGAACUCCGAGCAGAUGGCCAGCCACAGCGCCGUGCUGGAAGCUGGCAAAAACCUCUACACGUUCUGCGUGAGCUAUGUGGACUCCAUCCAGCAGAUGAGGAACAAGUUCGCUUUCCGCGAGGCCAUCAACAAACUGGAGAACAACCUCCGGGAGCUUCAGAUCUGCCCGGCGACCGCGGGGAGUGGCCCGGCGGCCACUCAGGACUUCAGCAAGCUCCUCAGCUCCGUGAAAGAGAUCAGUGACAUCGUACAGAGGUAG